AUGGCACCUCCCCCCGCCCCGCGCACCCCGCCCGGCCAGCUCUCCCGCCCUCCCCUCGGAGCGCGCGCGCACACACCGCCCACCGCUUUGCCCAAAUUAUUUUCGAUCCCGGGAGACUCCGGAUGCCAGACGCGCUCGGCGGCGGCGACGGCCGCCGCGCCUGAUUCAUUGCGCCAAAGCUGCAGAUGCGACCUCCCGCCUGCGCCCGGUGCCCCGACCAGCUCCUCGCUGCGCGCGCCUAGAGAGAUGGGGGGUGGGCAAUAUAUAGUGCACCGUCUCCAUAGCAACCGCGGAGGAGGUCACGGUAGCUGGGCCCCCGCGCGUCACCCCGCGCCUUGCCGGCUGCAGGCGCCGGGAUUGCGGCCUCCCAGGCGCCGCGGCCUGCGUGGACUCGGCUCCGAGCUUCCCGCCCCCACUCCGCCCCGGGGUGGCUCAGGUCCCCGCCAUAUGACUCUGCUGGAUCCCAGCCGGGAACGGCGCACCUGGGCACCAGUGCGCAAAGCUAUGCUUCUGUCCCCGGGCGCUGGCACGCGGGACUGCACCACAAAACACGUGCUCAGCCCGGAGACGGGGACAUGUGCGGUGAGACGCCGCAGAGGAGUUCUCAGCGUUUGUGGAUGCCCUGGGGAAUCGACCUAUAUUGGUGCACAACUCCGAAGUUCUUGCCAAGAGGAGCCCACCCAUGGUUAAGAAUGCGGGCUCUGGAGGCCGAGCCGUGUGACGCCUCGGUAACUUACUAGCUGCGCGUCUCCGGGCAAGUCACAACCUCUUGGCGCCUCAGCUUGCGCAUCAGCAAAAUGGAGUUGUCGUGAGGCUUAAUUGAGUCAAAGCACGUUAAACGUUUAACAUGGUGUUUGGCACAUGGUUGUCAAAAACAGUA